UACUAUGUCCCCUGCUUCAGGCCCUGGACCUAGGUGGUUACUCUUUUCCUUUGGAAUGGGAUUGGUAUCAGGAACCAGAUGUCCACAUAACUGUCAGUGUCAAAUCCAAGAAGUGAGCUGCAGAGGAAAACAGUUAACGGCAUACCCCCCUGACAUACCCCUGAGCACGCGGAGGCUGUACCUGGACAAUAACAGGAUCACCUACUUGCCAGCCAUGAAUCUAGGUCUCCUCAGCGACCUUGUUUACUUGGACUGCCAGAACAACUUGAUUCGUGAGGUGAUGGAUUAUACCUUCAUCGGAGUCUUCAAACUCAUCUACCUUGACCUCAGCACCAACAACCUAACCUUUAUCUCCCCAUACAGUUUCUCUGUGCUCAGCAAGCUGGUGCAGCUCAACAUCUCCAACAACCCUCACCUGGCAUACCUUCACAAGUACACCUUCGCCAACACCAGCUCUUUAAGGUACCUGGACCUCAGAAACACCGGCUUGCAGAUCUUGGACCUGGAGGCGGUCCAUCACCUGGGAGCACUGAGGACUCUGUACCUGAGCGGAAACCCCUGGAACUGCAACUGCUCUUUCCUGGACUUCACCAUCUACUUAAUCGUGACUCAGCUGGACCACCCAGAUGACCAAAACGCCACGUGCUUCGAACCCGCAGAGCUGGCCGGGUGGCCCAUCACUCGGGUGGGAAACCCACUGCGAUACAUGUGCAUCACGCACCUGAACAACCAGGACUACAUCUUCGUGCUGCUCAUCGGCUUCUGCAUCUUCGCCGCAGGCACCGUGGCCGCCUGGAUCACCGGCAUGUGCGCUGUGCUCUAUGAAAACGCCCGCCGCAAGUCAGACGAGGACGAAGCAGAUGAUGAGAUUGGGCAACGGCUGGAAGUCAGCAGGCGGAUUUUUCUCAUUAAGGAUGAGCCGGACCACGACGGGUUCCCUCGGCUGAUUUAGCUGUCAGGGACCACUCUCUGCUGUGCCUUCCCAUACACUCCCCAUGUUUUCCUUGCCGCCGCCCCUCCCCAGCCCCUCAGGCUGUUUCACAGGU